AUGGGCAGGAUGCGGUGCUGCGCCGCAUCGCUGGUCGCGGUAACUGCUGUUGUUUCCGCUUUCUUGCUCUGGCCAAGACAUGUGCGGGAUGCGAUGCUAGGCCGCAUCGCCACUUGUGGUGACCGUUGCUAUUGUCCAGAUUUAUGGCUUGGCCUUGACAUGUUUAAGGUGUAUUUUGGAAGCUUAAUGGAGCUUGGGAAUGAAGUACAUGUUUUUCAGGAAUUACUUUUCAAUAUGAAUUGGGUGGAUGAUGAUCCCUAUUAUGAAGAUUUCAAUGGUCCAUCCUCAUAUUAUCCAUUCGAUAAUCCACCACCACCACCUUAUCAAGAAUACUACUAUGAACCCAAAUUGCCACAUUUCUCAAGUUACCGGGAGGAGUAUGAUGAUUAUUAUAAUGAAUACCCUCAACCUGCAUACGAGGAACCUCAAGACUCAAUAAGUUCCAAGCUCGAUGCCAUCAUGAAUGCCAUCACCACUUCAAGUCAAGAGAUUAAGAUGGAACUGAAGAAGGAACUUGAGGUGAGAGAUAAAGCUCAUGAAGCCUUGGCAAACAAAGUGGGUCAACUCGCCGAAGAAUUGGCUCAACUUAGACAAGACCAAGAGGUGUUGGGUAGUGGUACCAUGUUUGAUGGUGAUGUGGUGGAAGAGGUUAUGGAACUUCCAGAGCAAGUAAUUGAAUGUUUGAAUCGAGCGGAAGACGUAACACCGCAAGACGAAUCAGAGCCAAAAGAAGCUCAAAGUCAUAUCUCUCCUUAUCCCAUACUUAUCACCCCAACCAACAAAGUUGGGGAUGCGGGUUCGGGAACAUUCAAAAUGGAUGACAUAUUCACAAACCCUUUUAGUGAUAUGUAUGGUUUCACUGUAAGCUCAGGAGGAUCAGGAAAUCCAGAAAAUGAUGAUUCUACAUCAAACAAUACCAACACAAAUCAAAUCAAAGAGAAAAGGAAGGAAGCAUGGGAAUCAGAAAGCGCGUUUGGAACUUUGAAUCGUCCUCCAAAGUUAAUGGCUAUUGAAGAUUAUACAAGAUGGGCAAUAAAAUUUGAAGAAUGGCUGAUGGCGUUUGCUUUCCCCAGCUGGAAAAGCAUGAAAAAUGGGUAUGCUGCGGGUAAAAACAAUGGUGAAGUAUUGAGAAGUAAUGAAGAGAUUGAUCUAUUCGUUGCUGAACAGAAAUGUGUAGCACUACUAUUUCAAUCUGUCAGGGAAGAUAUUAUUUCACUAAUCAGCUACACCAACGCCAAAGAUUUGUGGGAUAAACUGGGAAAGAAAUGUCUGGGAAGUAAAGAAAUCUUAAAGAACAAAACUAAACUACUAAAAAAGGAGUUUGAUAUGUUCAGUUGUUUCAAAAAUGAGUCAGUCUGCAAAAUGAUCGAACGUUUUGGUCAUCUUAAAUUGGAACUUGCACGUCAUGAUAUCAAAUAUCCUGAUGAGGAGAUAGUUGAUAAACUGUUCGAUUCUUUACCAGAUGAAAUGGACUGGAGGUACUAUGCUUUGAUGUUGAAAAACACCAUUCCGCCAGAAGAACUAAAACCAGAUGUAGUGAUUGAACGACUGGAAAGCCAUGAGCUAGAAUUGAAGAAAACGUACAAAGUCAAUCAUUCAUAUCAACAAAAUCCAGAACUAUACUAUCCCAAAAGUUUGAUGCCCAAAGCCUCAUCACCGAAAACUGCAUUUUCUGCCGAAAACAUAUCUCCAGCUCCUAAAGAAAAUCAAAGCAACUCAAACAAAGAAAGUCACAGUGGAUAUCAUAGUGGGUCUACUUCUAUUUCUACUGCCUCGACAAAUCGUUCUGAUUCAAAGUUCUCAUGUAAUAUUGCUGUUGAUCUGAAGAAUGCACAAAACUUUGAUGAAGAAUCUGUGAAGCAACAGAUGGUGUUUCUAGCAUCUGUGCUAGAAUCAUAUGAGGGGCUGAUUGCUGGAAAGAUUGGGAAUACUAAUCUGACAAAAGAAGACUAUGAUCAGAUAGAUCCCGAAGAGAUGGAGUUAAUUGAUAUCCAAUGGGCAAUGGCGAGUGCAAAAGGCCACUUCAAACGAGAAUGCCGAAAUGCAUAUGUUGAAGAAUCUGAGAAUCCAUUCAAGGAUGACUACUACAAGAAAGCUAUCUAUCAUCAGAAUAAGUCCGAACCGCCAAGAAUAAAGCAAUCUGAAGACAACAAAGGAAAAUCUAGAGCCUUGGCAGUGAUUUACGAUGAUGAAGGAUAUGAUUGGAGUAAGGAAGUGUUACCUGAAGAUGAUGCUAUUGGUUAUGCUUUUAUGGCGAGUCAUAAUGAACCAAUUCAAUGGAAGGAUAAUCGUACAGAACAACAAAAGUACGAAUAUCGAAAAAUGGUUGCUGAAGCAAAGAUCAUCCGACUCUCAGGUGUUUAUGAGGAAGCAAAACGUGCAAACCGAUGGGAUCCAGAUAGAGAGUGUUAUUUGGAUGAAUAUGGUAACAUUGCUGUCGACUACAAGAAGAUAGACAUUGAAGCCAUUAUCCAAGAAUACAAAGAAGAGGAUGAGUACUGGCAACACAAAUGGUGGGGUACACCAACAUCGAAAAUGAUCGAGAAAGAAAGAGAGAAAGAAAGAAGAGAAAAGGAGAAGAUAGAAGAACCUGUGAAAAUUGACACCGGGAUGAUCAACACUGCAAAGGAGAUGACAGCUGAAAACUUGAGAGAAAUGGCUGAUAAAGUGCUUGCUGUCAAAGCACUUGAGGUAGAUUCUACUCCUAAUUCUGAGUCAAAGAAACAGGUCAGUCAAACUAAGUCAUCAACUGUGUCAGUGGUUGAUGGAAUUGUUAGCGUUGAUGCAGAAACCACUGUGGAUGAUGAUGAUAAACAAUCUGCAAUGGGACGAGGAAGAGACACUAACAAAGGACACAAUGUUCCAUCUGCAAUUGAUGAGGUCUCUACAAAAGGAACAGAAGCAGAAAAAAUGGCUGAGUGCUUAAGAAAAAGCAGAAUUGCUAAGGCAUUGUCUGAUACAACAAUAGUUUAUGAAUCUCAUGUUAGAAGAUUCUGGGACACUGCAAGGUUUGAAGAAAAGGAUAAUAAAAUUCAUGCAGUAGUCAAGAAGAAAGAUGAAAACAACAAGGAUAUUGAUGUUGAAGUAGUGUUUGGAGUAGAGGACAUAAGAAGGGUUCUUGAUUUACAAGAUUCUGACAAUGAUCCAACGAUCAUAAAGGGAGCCUAUGAUGAGGUGUCUGACUACAUAAUGAACAUUGUUGUAAGUAUUGUGCUGAACAGGAAAUACAAUAUUUCACAAGUGAUUUUUGAAUUUUUAAAGGAAAAUUGCUUAGCCGGGAAAGACAAAUACAUUAUGUACCCAAGAUUCAUUAUGAUGAUCUUGGAUGACAAAGUUAAGGAUUUGCCAAAGAAUAAUGAUGAUAUUAUGAAAAUGGCUGAAGUGAAUAAGACUGCUAUUCUGAGAAUCACAAAGGAGAAGGAUGAUAAAACAAAAGAGUUGAUCUGUGCAUUAAAGGAUGAAGCAUACGUAGCUCCUGAAAAUGAUAGAUGGAGACAUGACAAUAGUGAUUCAGACAAUGAAGACAAUAAGAUGAGUGAAAUGAUUGAAAAGAAAACCAGAUGGUGGUGUAUCAAAGAUGGAAAGAGAAAGAGAACACCAAAGUCGACCCCUGUGGUUGUAAUUAAAGAAACAGCAAAGGGGUCUUCUGAAGAACCUCAAAGAAAGCUAAUUGAUGAACCUGUCAUAGAACCGAGGGAGGUGGUUGAUAAAGGUGUUGGUUUAAAAGAGACUUUGGAAAGCUAUUUUAAAAAGCAUGAAGAGGCUGAACAAGCACAAGCUCAAAAGAAAGUGGGUCAAGAAGAGGAAGCUCAAAAGAACUCCAGUAAUGAAGAUUCAGAAGAAACUUUAUCUGAAUCUGAACUGGUCAAAGAGACAGUGGGAAAAGGAAAGGUACAAUUGAAGAAAAGACCUUUAAAGAAAAGAAAGAAUUCUGAAGAUGAAGAUUCACCGUACAAUCCUGAGGAUUCCCAGAAAAACAGAAAGAAAAGAAAAGCUACUCGCACCGGUGAUAUUCCAAGAGUGGUUAGAGCAAAGAAACAGAAUGCUAAAUCACAAAAAGAGAAGGAAGGAAAGAAGAAACAGGACACUGCUGAAACUAGUCCUGUAGUUGAGAUACCAAAAGAAGUUCCUUUAACAGAAAUUCCAAUAGAAACACAAACUUCUUAUGAUGAUUAUGUGGAGAUCACCGGAGUCAAAUCUGCCAAACAAACAUCUGAUCGUCAUGAUAUUCCAGAAUCAUCACAACGAAAGACAGAUUAUUUCAACUUAGAUUUUGAUAGCCUUGGUGGUGCUACUGGGGAUUUCUUUAAAGAUAUGCCAGAGAGUGAAGGAGACCUAUUUCAUGAUAAAAAGAUGAAAGAAUUGGAAGAAAAAGUUAAAGCCUUGGAAAAGGAAAAGGAAGAAAACGAAGCUGUACAAAUAAAGUUGAAGGAAAUGAUUGAUGAGUUGGAGAAACGGCACGAAGACGUAAUGGAUGCAGUGUUUACAAAAGAUGAGAAAUUGAAUGAAAUGAAGGAAGAUAUAAAAGAUAAUGCAGAAGUUAUUAGCGCACUUACUGAUGAAAUUGCUGCAUUAAACGCCAAAGUCAAAGACUUGCAGAAUAUCAAUCAGACUUUGAAUCAACUCUUAAAUGAGAUGAAUGAAGCUUCGACAAAUGAAAUGAAGGCAAUGAAGCUAGAGAUGGAAGCUAUGAGAGCAGAUAAGGUGAUGAAAGAUAAGCAACUGGAAAUGCUUACGGCUGUGAUUGAAGCACAUCUGAAGGUGAACAUCCACGAGGCUUUUGAUCAAGUUGAUAUUAUCAAGGCAAAUGAAAGAAGGAAAGAAAGAGAAAGACAGCUUGCUGAAGAAGCUAACCUGAAAAAUAAAGGCAUAGGAGAAGAAGUUGAAGUUGUUGGAUAUUCACAAAAUCAACUUGAGGUAGGUGGAUCAUCUUCUCAACCAGAAAUUGAAAUGGUGGAUGCUCAAGAUGUUAAAGCAAAUGAUGAAGAAAUGGUGGAAGCAGAAAAUGAAGCAGUUCAUGAACCAGAGUUUAUUAUGGUUGGUGAAUCUGUAGAGCCUAUUAUUCCGGAGAAUGUUUUGAGAAACGUUCAAAUCAUACAAAGAAAGAAAAAGGCUAAAGAAGUAUUACUACUGGAGUACUCUACCGACAAGUUUGUAUUAGUUGGAAAAGCCUAUAGAGUGCCCUAUAGUGAAGAAGAAUCUGCCAAGCUGUUAAGAUUUUUUGAAUUAAAGGAACAAGGGAAGAUAGCUAGAGGAGAAGUGGAAGAAGAAUCUGAUAGUGAUUUUUGGGAGGAAGAAGAUGAAGAUGAGGAUAAAGAUGAUAAAGCAGACGAUAAAUCCGAUGAUGAUGAUAAGCCUGAUGAUGAUGAUGAUGAUCAAGGCACAUCGGGUUUGCUAAUCAAUGAUCCAUCUGUUCAAGAUAAAGUAAAUGAACUCAUGAAUGAUGAAGUGAAUGAACAGAAUGAUGAUGCAGAGUGUGAAGGGUCAUCUUCUGGAAACCAAUCCGGUGAUCAGGUACAUCAACUCACAUCUACUUUUAUUUCUCUUUCUGAACAUCAUCAAGGAGAAGUAGAUAUUAUCAGAACAAGAGCUGAAAUGCUUGAGGAGUUGGGGUUAGAAGAUGGGAAGUUUAAAUUUGAUAUCGAAGAUGAAAUCCCAGAGUCUCCGAUUAAAAACUUUGAACCACAAUUUCCACUUGAAGCAGAAUUUUAUGAUAAUGUGACCAUAGAGACUGAUUCAGAUUCGGAAGAAGAAAGAAUAGAUUUUCACUAUGAAGGUGAAGACAUGGCAUUUCCUACAUUCACAGAGUUAUUUGAAGACAUGAAUGCAGAAUUAUUGAAAAGAAAAAUUGAAGAAAGAGUUGCAUCUGCUGAUAUGCCUGAACCAGUUCCAAGAGAAAUUUCUGCUGAAGAGAGAAAGAAAUGGUUCAGAUCAAUGCCAAAGGAAAGAAAGCCUCUUAGAGCCCUACAGUAUUUUACUCAUGAUAAAAACUUAUCUUGGGGUGAUAUUCUUUCUUGGGGGUAUCUGGAAGACUUGAAUGUUUAUGCAAUUCGAAGAGAGCAAGGUGUUCAAUACUUCAGGUGCAUUUCUGAUCUUGCUACCUUACCUUGGUGGGACGUAGAUGAAUUGGUGGUUACAAAGAAUAUUAAACAAUUCUACUACGGUCCUGAAGUAAAACAGAGAGACCAGAAGCUGUGGAAUUACAUCAAGUAUCAAGCAACGAUCAAUUAUCCAGAUUGGAAACCACAGUUUCCUAAAAGAAUUGUGAAGUAUACAGCUAAAGGUGAGAAGGACGUUACUCUUGAUGUCAAACCGCCAAAAUGUUUGAAGAGCAUGCCUUUAAGGGCUAUUGAGCAGGAUUUUUAUGAUUUAUUUCAAGCAUGGCUCUAUAAUCCUUCUACUGCUGAAGCUGUGAUCUCGUUGUACGAUAAAGACACUGGUGAAGCUAGGAAAAUUUGUAUUCUAGACCCGAUGUGGCUGGUAAAUUGCUCAAAGAAAGACAUAGAUUGCUUGUUUGUCAACAAGAUAAUCUAUGACAAGAAAGACAAAGCCAUUGCUCAGCAGUACCAGAGUGUAGUUGAUGUCUGUUUUGCUAAAGAAAUCAACUCUGGUAAGAACUGGAAAACUUCAUGGAGAGAACUAGAGGUUGAUGAGUUUCUAAAGGUGUACAAGAGAAGUUUAAGAUCCAAGGAAAUUCAGAGAAAAGCUGUUGAAAGAGGAAGACGAAAUCUUGGAUUUGUACCUCCUACUGAUCAGACACCCAUAGAAUCUGAAGAGAACAAGAUCCCUAAGUGGGACAGAAAAAGAGAUGGAGACCCAGUGUACAGAAAUUGGUGGAUAACAGAGGGAAGACAUAAGAGAAGACAAAUGUUAGCUGAACGAGAAGAGAAGAGAAAACAAAAGGCACGAGAUAGAAAACGCAACAAGAAGUAA